UAUAGAAAAUCGUCUGGUCUUUAUAAUGAGAAAAAACAAGAAAUUUAUAAUAAGAAUAUGUUGUUGUGAUGUUGAGAGAACCAAUACAACUGUUCAGUGAACUCUGUCACAGAAUAAUCCGAUACGAGUUCUUUUUUUACUCCUUAUGAUGAAAUUAAUAAACCACCGGCGUAAAUAGUAUAACAAAAAAAACAUAAAUAAAUAAAAAAAAGAAAGAAAGACAUGUCCUCCUGUAGUGAUUUAUCUCGAUCUCACGAAUAUUUAAGUUUUCGAAGUUCUGUACCACUUCGGAAAAUUGUUGUUGAUAUUGAUGGUUCAAAGGGAUGGAAAGUAUAUGAUUCAAAUCCAAAGACUGUAAAGUGCCCUCUCAUUUGUCUUCCUCCUGCCAGUGGAACGGCGGAUAUUUUUUUUAAACAAAUUCUCGGACUAGCGGCAAAAGGAUAUCGAGUUAUAUCGGUUGAAGCGCCUGUUUACUGGAAUGUUAAAGAAUGGUGUGAAGGAUUCAAAAAAUUACUGGAUUACAUGGAACUGGACAAGGUCCAUCUAUUCGGUGCUUCUCUAGGAGGAUUUUUGGCGCAAAAAUUUGCAGAAGUUAAUGCACAUUGUCCAAGAGUUGUUUCUUUAAUUUUAUGCAAUACAUUUACGGACACCUCUGUCUUCAGCUACAAUGACUCCGCGGCUGUAUUUUGGAUACUGCCAUCACUGGUGUUGAAAAAAAUGGUAAUGGGAAAUUUUGAAUCGGAAAAAGUUGACGGAGAAAUAAUAGAAGCCAUUGAUUUUAUGGUCGAGAGGUUGGAAAGUUUAACACAACCGGAAUUGGCCUCAAGAUUAACGAUGAAUUGUGUAAAUUGUUAUGUGCAACCGCAAAAAAUAAGUCAUCUUCAAAUCACGAUAAUGGACGUAUUUGACGAGUAUGCCCUAUCGAAUGUUGUCAGAGAAGAAAUGUAUAAAUGUUAUCCAAAUGCCAAAUUAGCACAUUUAAAAAGCGGUGGUAAUUUUCCCUAUUUGAGUAGAUCUGCCGAAGUCAAUCUUCAUUUACAGAUUCACUUGAGACAAUUUGAAGGCACGGAAUAUUCGGCCUCGAUUCGAAAGAAAAUUUAACGGAGAAAUAAAUAUUUUGUACAUAAAUAAUAUUAUUGACGACUAAGUUACCGAAAUCUGUGAGAAAAAGCCAAUAUAAUAUAGCGAAUGAAAAAAAGGCAAAAUUAAUGGAAAUUGGAUCUCAAGAGGAUUUUUUUUUUAAUGCUUUAGAGAAGAAAUUUGUUUCUAUAGAAAUAAUGUUUCUAUUCAUUUUUCUUUCGUUAUAGAAUAAUUUAUAUCUGGUGAAUAUUGUCUACCUCAUUUCGAGGAUUGUUAUAUUUACUAUCCUUUACAUUUUAUCACAGGACAAUUUUUUUUCUUUUAUUUCUUUUUAUAAAAAAUCGAAAUAAGAGAAAACGGAAGAUUUUUGCAGUGUUAAUUUUGUUAUAUUAUCAAUUUUGUUGAUUCAUAAAAAUAGUGUUUUUUCUGUUAUUAUUUAUAGAAAUACUUUCCAUACUUGACCAUAAUAACUUUUAGUACGUAUUAUAUAAUUAAGUAGAUUUGUAUACAAGUUUAUGACUGAGUAUAUUUAAAGAAAGAAAAACGGAUUUAUAAAAUGCUAAAUAUCUAUAAGAAUAUUUAGUGGGGAA